GUUUGUACAUCACCACGGCGCUAGUAGUACAAGCGCGCACUGGUGGGGACGCUCGAAGUGGUGGGGACACGGGUAUAUAAGCAGGCGCCCGAGACGAGACUGGCACUUCAUGCUCAACUGUGUUACAGAAAUUCAUGUACCAGUAUCUACUGUAUUGACAUAAUGAAGAGAAAACGACAAUUGAGUUUAAAAUCAACAAAUGAAUCUCGUGAAGGACAUUCUACCAGAUUCUUCUACGGUAACUCACAGACACAAAAAUCUGACGAAAAUUUGACAUUUUCUUCAUCGUCAUCAACUCCAAAGACAGAAGAGGCAGAACAUCGAAAAGCAGAGAAGAAAACUUUUCGCUCGAGUGGAAUAUUCAGAUUAAAAUCACCAACCAGAUCUCGCGAAGAAAUUUCUACCAGUUCAAUUGGAAAGACUGAAAAUGUGAAAGCUGGAAUUCCGGAGAAACAAUCUUUUACUUCCAGUGAAAGAUUGAGUUUAAAAUCAACAAAUGAAUCUCGUAAAGGACAUUCUACCAGAUUCUUCUACGGAAACCUACAGACACAAAAAUCUGACGAAAAUUUGACAUUUUCUUCAUCGUCAUCAACUCCAAAGACUGAGCAGGCUGAACCUCGAAAAGCAGAGAAGAAAACUUUUCGCUCGAGUGGAAUAUUCAGAUUAAAAUCACCAACUAGAUCUCGCGAAGAAAUGUCUACCAGUUCAAUUGGAAAGACUGAAAAUGUGAAAGCUGGAAUUCCGGAGAAACAAUCUUUUACUUCCAGUGAAAGAUUGAGUUUAAAAUCAACAAAUGAAUCUCGUGAAGGACAUUCAACCAGAUUCUUCUACGGUAACUCACAGACAAAAAAAUCUGACGAAAAUUUGACAGUUUCUCAAUCACCAACAACUUCAAUGACUGAGCAGGCUGAACCUCGAAAAGCAGAGAAGAAAACUUUUCGCUCAAGUGGAAUAUUCAGAUCAAAAUCACCAACUAGAUCUCGCGAAGAAAUGUCUACCAGUUCAAUUGGAAAGACUGAAAAUGUGAAAGCUGGAAUUCCGGAGAAACAAUCUUUUACUUCCAGUGAAAGAUUGAGUUUAAAAUCAACAAAUGAAUCUCGUGAAGGACAAUCUACCAGAUUCUUCUACUGUAACUCACAGACACAAAAAUCUGACGAAAAUUUGACAUUUUCUUCAUCGUCAUCAACUCCAAAGACUGAGCAGGCUGAACCUCGAAAAGCAGAGAAGAAAACUUUUCGCUCGAGUGGAAUAUUCAGAUUAAAAUCACCAACUAGAUCUCGCGAAGAAAUGUCUACCAGUUCAAUUGGAAAGACUGAAAAUGUGAAAGCUGGAAUUCCGGAGAAACAAUCUUUUACUUCCAGUGAAAGAUUGAGUUUAAAAUCAACAAAUGAAUCUCGUGAAGGACAAUCUACCAGAUUCUUCUACUGUAACUCACAGACACAAAAAUCUGACGAAAAUUUGACAUUUACUCAAUCACCAACAACUUCAAUGACUGAGCAGGCUGAACCUCGAAAAGCAGAGAAGAAAACUUUUCGCUCGAGUGGAAUAUUCAGAUUAAAAUCACCAACCAGAUCUCGCGAAGAAGUGUGUGUCAGUUCGAUUGGAAAGACUGAAGAUCUAAAAUCUGGAAUUCCGGAGAAACAAUUUUUCUCUUGUAGUGAAAGAUUGAGUUUAAAAUCACCAACUAGAUCUCGCGAAGAAAUGUCUACCAGUUUAAUUGAAAAGACUGAAAAGCAAAUUUUGUCUUCGAGUAAAGGACCGGAAAGAAAAAUUUCAUUUCAUAGUCAAAGAUUAAGUUUGAUAUCACCAAGUGAUUCUCCUGAAAAGCUGUCACCGUGUUCAGUUUACCGUGUACCAACAGAAACAUCAUUAUCAUUAUCGUCAUCAACUGGACCUGAUUUAAAAAUCACUUCUUCAAAAGUAGAGAAAUCGAAAAAGCAAGAAGCUAAAUUUUCCCAUUCAGCAUCAACUUCAAAAAGAGAUGGUGUUGACUCAUCAAUUGAAAGUGGUGCUGGCCCCUCUUCAAAACGAAAGAAAUACAGUGUCGAGAAAUCUACAAUUGGUGUUUCUUCAAACAGAAAAAGAACGUCAAUUACUUUGGAUAAUGAAAAUAUUGAUAAACCGUUGCAUCAUAAAGUGAGAAGAAGAUUGGAAUUAAUGGGAACAGAAAAGCAUACGGUAAAAGUUUGUUUGGGAAAAUUAUGUAAAUCAGCAAACAUUAAAAAUCGAAUUGAAGAAGAUGCAAAGGUUGUUUCAUCAAUGAUGUAUGAGGCAACAACAAUGGCAUUAUUCGGCCUAUAUGAAGAAACGAAUGUUGAAAAUGUUGAAAAUUGCCCAUCAUUGUUGGAGAAAUGGACCAACAAUGGUCCCGACUUUCUGUCAUUUUUAAUAUCAUUAAAGCAGAAAGUAAAUGCUCAACGUAAAGUAACUGAACAGGAUGCGAAAAUAAAUACAAUGGUCAACGAAUAUAAAGAAUUAAGGAAUGACAUUCCACUUUAUGACGGAGAACAUAGAACGGCAAUAAUUCAGGAGGCAGCUUUAGUGUUGAAUCGAAACUUUAAAACAAAUUUCACGACGCAUGCAGCAUCACGAUUAAGAAGAUAUUUGCAGCUAUUAAUGGAAAUUGAAGACGAAGAAAAAAAUCAUAUGGAAGUAGAUGAAAUUCAAGAAAUUUGUUCAGUUUACCAUAUCGAAAAUGAUAAUGAUGAAAAAAUAAAAAUUAGGAGUUUUAAAAAUAGCAUUAAAAAUGAACAAAGAAAAGAAUUUCAAAAAUCUCGAAAACAAUUUCCAGAUGAAAUGCGAGAAAAAAAAACAUCAGACUACUGCGAUGAAAGAUAUGUUCGACAGGAAAAAUAUCUCAAACAUUGCGAUAAAGUCUAUUAUAAAAAAAGGCCAAGAAGGCGAAGAAAAAAAUCGAAAAAGGAAAAAGAAGAAGAAAAAGAGAAGAAUAAGGAAAAAGAAGAAGAAAAAGAGAAGAAUAAGGAAAAAGAAGAAGAAGAAAAAGAGAAGAAUAAGGAAGAAGAAGAAGAAAAAGAGAAGAAUAAGGAAAAAAAGAAAUUUCGAAAAAGAAGGCCUUCAUUUUAUAAACAAUCUGUUGCUGCUUUAAAUCUCCUGCUGCAAAAAAAUGAAUGUCAAGUGAAAGGAUUCCCUACUGAUUUACUACUGAAAAAGGGUGAUAAUGAUAGAAGAAAAUUGGACUUUACAAAAUUGACAAAAGAUGAAGAAUGGCAUAAAUUUUUGCCAUUUUUCAUUAUGAUUCAACAAGAAUUUCAUGAUAAAAAGAAGAAGAAUUUCACGUUAAUUCCACAAAUUUCAUUAGGCGUGAAGCAUGUGGUUUAUACAAAUACUGCUUUAAAAGAAUUGCAAACGGCAACUGUUAUUCAAGAAAUUAAAGAAAAAAAGGCAAUUUUACAAAAAAAGAAAAGAAAAUCAGGAACGAAUAAGGAUCAUCUUCAAAGAGCAGUUGAUAAGAUGGACGAUGAAAUGAAGCGCUUAAGAGAAAUGAACAAUGAAGAAAGGUGGAAUUCAAUGUUCAACUUUAAAUCAAUCCAAAGAGGUCGAAAAAAAUUAAAGAAUGGUGGUAAAUUCUCUGGUACAAUAACGACAAAUGGUGUGGACGUGUCAGUAAUUUUUGAUUUACCCACAAAACAUGAUGUUGUGCAAUCAAAGAAGAAAGUUGGAAGUUACAAAAAAUUUUGUGGUUUUGAUCCUGGUGCGAGGGCGACUCUGGCUGGCGUCAGUAGGGAAAACGAUCCUAAUCCAACCACUAAUGUAAAAAAGGAUUCAGCUAUUUACAUUGGUAGUUGGAUGAUGAGAUGGCAGAUGGGCGACUACAGAAGAAGAGAAUUAAUGAAGAAAAAAGGUAUAGACAUGCAAAAAUAUUACAAGCAACUUGCUGAGGAUCCAUUGAUGGAAAAUUUUUGCAUGACUAAUCCUCGAGAUCGCCAUCGCAUAACAAAAUAUAGAAUACAUCUUUUACAAAAUUUCCAAUCACUUCAUCAAAAAAGAUCCGUAACGCGUUUACGAAUUGAUCGAUAUUCAGCACAAAAGCGACAAGUUGAUCAACUUGUGAAUUGGAUAGUAGGUGAUACAAAGAAGAAACCCUGUUUCGUUGCUAUUGGUGGAGCUGAAAUACCUAAUUUUAUCAAGGGAUACACUAAAGCUCCUUUGAAACGUAUUCAACAAACUCUUUUUCAAAGAUCAGAAGAAUUAGGAAAGGAUAAAUUGCAAGUCGUGAAAGUAAAUGAGUUUAAUACAACAAAAAUGUGUAGUCGCUGUGUGAGACCACUUAAAAUAUCCAAGAGUCCCCAUCGAUACACUUAUUGUGCGAAAUGCAAAACAACGUGGGAAAGAGACGUAAAUGCAGGGCGUAAUAUUCUUAAUCUUGCACUUGUUCAAGAGAAAAUCAUACCAAAGGAUUCCAUAAAAAAUCACCAUCUAUUUCGGAUAAAAAAUGAUGACAUUGAACAUGAGGCUGCAGAAUUGCAGAAAUAAUUUUUCCCAUCACUUUCAACAUUCAUUUUUAAAUCACUAAGUAAAUCUCUUAAAGGACAAUGAAAAGGAGGAACCUCGACAACCGGAAAUACAAAUUUCUACGAUGGACAAUAUACUGCUUAAUUGCGGAAAUAAUUUAACAAAACAUUAUUCGGUCCUGGUGGUGAUGGCUUUUUGCCAUUGUACAUACCGGGGAUCUCUUGAGAUCCGAACCAGCCUGUAAAAAGGCAUACCAGGUUUUUUAAGAAAUUAAAAAACAUGCUACUUCUUUUAUUGAUUAUUGUUUGAAUUUUUCAAAUUUUUUAUAAAAACAAAAGCACAUUUGUGUUUUUUUUUAUAAAUUAAAAUAAUCAAUAAUAGGA